AUGGGGGUUACACCACUCAUCACCAACUGUUCCUCCACUGGCGGCUCUAUUCUUGUUGAAUCGGAGCUCCAGCUUCAAGUUCAGCUACAAGAAGAAGAGGCCCCUAAACCAGAUCUGCAAUCUCUGAUCAGGCGGUCCGAAACCCCGCCUUUUCCAAUUGCUUUGUCUGGAGAUAUCAUUGGCUCUGAUUGCAUGCCGGCCGAUAGUGUAGUUUCUGCUAGCAGUUUGCAUGACUCAGCCCUAGCCGACUUAGACAAACAAAAUGAAAAGAUUGCCUCUCAUGUUACCACACAUAUAAAUAUAUCGCAAAGCUAUACUCCUGCUAGCCUCCCUUUGCCUUCAGAUCUGCAUCGAACUGCCGCCAGCCUACAUAGCCUUAAAGCAAGCGAACAAGCCUGUUUUUCGCACUCGGACACUGUAAAUGGGGCCGAAUAUGUCAAACUGAGACUAUUUCCAGACCGCAGCAUUCCUUUUCUUCCAAAAUCACGAUUGGGUAAUCUCCACACGACUUCGCUUUUUAUAUGUAUUACAUUGUUUACAUUUUUAUGA